AUGAGUUCGCAAAAACUUUGUGAAGCACCGAAAAGUUUUGAAGCCAUUGAACUAGCAGUGAAGAAGCGCGAUUGCAGCUUGGCGGGCUGUGCUCACUUCCUCGAAGAAACGUUUUCGACAUUUUGGCGCUCUCCAAGCCAAGGGAGAAGCCUAGGAACAUCUGAGUUUUUUAUCUACCACAACAUACCUUGCUCAGUACAAUGUGAAUUCAUACUGGCUUUGAUUUUUGCUCCGAAUAUUUUGCCAUGA